AGUAGCGCAGCGAUUCUGCAGUAGUUGUGUGUAAAACAAAUGACGGAUGGGGAAUUUGACGUCAAUUCGGCGUUCCAUGCCGACUUCCGCACAGUAACAGCCCUUCUGCUUUCCAUCCUUGUCGGAGCGGUGGCGACGGCUGCUGGCGUAGGAGGAGGCGCUAUCUAUAUCCCUUUAUUUAAUGCUCUUGUUGGAUUUGCGCUCAAGCCCAGUACGGCGCUCUCCCAGGCAUGCAUCACGGCCGGCUCCCUGGCUGCCCUGGCCGCUAACCUGCCCCGUCGGCAUCCAGCUGCUCCAGGGGAGCCGCUGAUCGACUUUCCGCUGAUGGUGAUGCUCACCCCCGUGCUGCUGGUGGGAGUGGGAGCGGGUGUGCUGCUCAACGUAAUGCUUCCCUCCUGGCUGCUGACGGUGCUGCUGCUCCUGCUGCUGCUGCUGCUCACUACCCAGGCGGUGGGGAAGGGUCUGGCCUUCUGGCGUUUGGAGUCCCAGCUUAAGAGUGAGGCGGCUGCAGCGGAGGCGGCGUCGGAGGUCCUCACAGUGGCAGCCAGUGGCACGCUUGACCCGGAGGCGCUCUUUGGGGGCGCGGGCGGCAGCGGCGGCACGGUAGGCAGCGGUGGGGGCUUCGAGGGCAGCGACAGGACCCGCAGCGGCAACAGCAGCGGCGGCUGCGUCGGACUUGGGGCUUUACUUGGGGGGCACUCUGCGCAGCGCGUGUCAUCGUGUCCCGUUGUGGCAGCGGCGGCGCCACCACAGCCGCAGCGUUUGCUGCAGACACCCAAGUCAAGGGCGGCGCGAAGCGGUGGAGGGAGCGGCGAGUUGGCAGUGCCAGCGGCGGCGGCGCUGCCGCUGCAGGAGAUGUGCCAUCGGCUGCUAGGAUCCUCCCAGCAGCCUGUGGGGCCGCAGGAGGAAACGUACGGCACCAACGGCAGGUCGGCGGCAACACGGCGUCCCCACUUCGCUGCCCGAGGCUCCUGGCCGGCCGGUACGACAGAUCCAAGUGAGCAGGAUCUCCAACAGCCCCUACUGGGGCCGCAACAUGCAGAGCAGGAGGAUGACGAGUACGGCUGCAGAACUACCCACAGCGUCAUCGUCCUUAAGGGCAGGAGUACGAUAGGCGGCAGUGUCAGCGGAGGCACGGAGGAGGACUAUCGGCCGCUGGCGACAUGCCUCAUGCCACACCAAGAACCGCUACCGCCGACGCGGCCCCGGUCGUCUCCCUUCAAGCCUCCAGCUGCAAAAGCCGUGACCGAGGUGGGAGGAAGCAGAGAGGCGCCAGCGGGGCCUUGUACGGCAACGGAGCCGGGAGAUGCUAGCGGCGAUUACGGUGCUUGCCCUCACGCCAAGUGCCACGGUGAUGACGAGGCAUCCAAGGGCCAAUCACCCGCCACCGUAACUCCAAGACGGCAGCCGGGGUUGCCACCACCGCUGCCUACGACACCUCCGACUGAACCACGCUGCAUCACAUUAGGGGCGGCAACGUCAUCAGAGGCGACGCCCUUGUUAACGCAUCAUUCCGCUGCCAUUGACCUCUGCCCCCAUCAUGGCGAGUAUGGCAGUGUACGGCACAGUCGCUUUCCUGGCGCCCGUCGUACCGUCAGCGCCACAGGAACAGCUGUGCGCGCCUGGGGACGUCGUACGGCCGCGGCUAUGCGUCUCAUUCCCCUCCGCUACGCCCUCGCACUGCUUGCGGCAUGGGCCCUCUACCUGCUGCUUCAGGUGCUCAGAGGCUCCCACGCACGCUGCAGCUCCUCCUGGUGGGCCUUGUUCGCCGUACAGGUCAUCGCCAUGCUUGGCAUCACCGUCGGCGCCGUGGCGAUGGCGGCAGCGGAGCAGCGCGCCAGCAGGCGGGCUGAUGUCGGUGCAGCUGCCACCGUUGCUGCCCCUGUCGACGCGCGCGUUAUGGUGCAUGCUGCUCGAGUUGCUGCACCGGGGGAAGGUGUUCAGGCUGCGAGCAACACUGCAGGUCAUAGCUUUGAGUCCCCGUUUGCAAACGCCAACAGCCUUAUCACCAUCGCCGCUCACGUCAACAACCCCAACCAAGGGCAGCAGCACAGUGCAAUUGCACAUGCGGACGGGGUUGCGCCGACGGCACAUCGCAUCGACAGUGACAGUGCGUCCUCGACCGCCGCCACAGGAGCCAACUGCCCUGGCGGCGGUGAGAGUCCUGCUGCCAGCGGCGGCGCAGGCGUCACAGAGGCUGAGGCCGCCGCCCUGCUGGUACUCGGCGCGCCUGUGUCCACGCUAUGUGCGACAGCUCUGGCGGGCCUUGUGGGCGGCUUCCUGGGCUUGGGUGGCGGCAUGAUGAUAGGGCCGCUGCUGCUGCACAUCGGUGUGCAACCACAGGUUACCGCCGCCACCAGCGGCGCCAUGGUGCUGUUCUCCUCCUCCUCCGCCCUCAUCCAGUUCGCGCUGCUGCACCGCCUGAACGUCCCCUACGCUGCGGUCUUCGGCGCAGCCAGCCUGGUGGCGGGUCUGGUGGGGACGCACGUCGUGGCGGGUGCCGUACGCCACAGCGGGCGGCCUAGCCUGGUGGUGAUGGCGCUGGCGGGGGUGAUGGCCGUGGGGACGCUGAGUGUGGGGUCGUUUGGGUUGGUUAGGGCGUUGGAGGACCUAAGGGCGGGGAGGUUUGGGUUUGCAGGGCUGUGUGAUGGCAGCAUGGGUGGAUGAGGGUGCAGAAGAAUCAUAAGAAGGGAGAGGUUGGGAGGGUACGGGUUUGCAGCGCAAUAGCGGCGCGGUAUUACGACAGCAGUAGCAGUAGCGUGGGCGGUAGCUGUCGAUUUGGGACAGGCUUUAUAGGGAUGGGCAGCAUUGGCAGGGAAGAGGAAGACAGUGCUGCUUUACUUGUUACCGGUAGUAGGUCAGCCGGCCAUAGGAAUCGUCUUGGCUUCCUGGCAUGUAUGCGAGCAUGUACAUAGUGCUUGCAUGCGUAGCACACACGCACGCACAUCUCGUAUGAGCAAUUGAUCAUAAUCGAAAUGCAGUAGCGCAGAGGGGGCAGGGAGGAUGACAAGGGGCGGAAACUGAGUCUGUUGUUGGUUGUUGCAAGUUGAACUGGGCGAGCCUCCGGGCUCUGUUGUCGUUACUGUCCGCGGGUUGCGGCUUCCGGUAAACUUGUAGCAGGUUGUUCGGGUAACGCCUUCUGUCGUAGGUGUGUAGUUGAGCGGAAACAAGGGCAAGCAGUUGGGAUAGGUAACGCCUUCUGUCGUAGGUGUGUGCAUGCAUGCUUGCAAGUUAAGGUGUAAAACAAACGUUUCUGCUCGCGCACGUACAUUUCCAUGUUGUCAAACUAACAUGCAUUGCCGUAUUGGUGCUUCACGAUGGACUCGUGCGGUGCUUCCUGCGCUGGUUUCAUCAUAUGUUGCACAAGUAUGCAAGUUGCUAUCCGUGUGGCUUAGGUCCGAAGCUGUCGUUGGCCUGCUUGGCAGCAAGGGUUGUCUGCUGUGGUUUCGUUGCGGUUAAUUUGUUGUGCGGCAUACCAGCAAUACCACCCCUGCAGAAUGGCUGCUUGCGUGCGGGAUAUACCGGUUCUCCGCUGUUCGCUCCAGUGUGACGUAGCUGUCCGUGUACGUCGAUGCCUGUACAGGAACAGGAAUGGUAAUGGCAGAGGAACGACGAUUGAAGUCCAGAGGGCGGGUAUGUCAAAUAUAUGUUGGGUUGUUAUGAUGCAGUGCGCGGGUCUGUGUUGACGGGGCGCCACUAGAGCCAUGGUGGGCCGCAUUGCCUGAACAGAACGGUACUGCCGCGUGCUCGUGGCGUGCUUCCGCCCCUUAUGCCCUAUCAUUGGCUUGCAGGGCCUUACAAGUGCGUUUGUGUCAGUCGGCAAUCGUCCUAAAUC